AUGGCCAGCAUCUUGAAGUUGCCGCUGCCCUCGGCAGGAGAAGGCAGCGAGAAGAUCGUGGUGAAAAAGACUUUCCUAGAAGUUGAGGAGGACGUUACCCCUCAAGGUUUACCCGCAACCUACAACUCCGAUUCGGUGGUUUGGGCACGCUUCACCCGGCAGAUAAGCAACUGCUCCGACACGUGCGAAGAGGAGCCGAAGGAUGUGCCAUCUCAGGGUGGAGCCCUGACAGAGGAGGAACUGGGCUGCAAAGAAGUGUCUGAGAGCCUCGACUCCCUGCCGAAACUUCUCGGAAAUACUUCCAUGAUGACGGUGUCUACAAGCGACGAAAAGGAUUCCUGCUCCUCCAUUUCGGACUGCAGCCCUCCGAGCACGACGAUGAUCCGGAGGCCCUCCCUCUCCCUGGGGCCAGCGCCCUCGGUGGAGGAUGUGGAUGAGGCGACCGAAAAGGCCAUGACAGCGGCAGCGGCAGCUCUGGACGCUGCAGGAAUCUCAAGGCAGUCGCUGGACCAUUUGCUGAACCACCUCUCGACCUCUGUCCCCGCGCCACGGCCGGUGCAGCUGCUGCCCGCACUGCCCGCGCCAGGGCCGCGCACGCAGCGCACGACCGUGAUGCUGCGGAACUUGCCCAACAAUUAUACCCGGAACAUGGUUUGCACGAUGAUGGACAAGGAAGGCUUCAAGGGUUGCUACGAUUUCAUCUAUUUGCCCAUCGACUUCCGCUCGAAGGCCAACCUCGGCUAUGCCUUCGUAAACCUCGUGGAUGAGCCGCAGGCACUCGAAAGAGGGGGAGACGACUUCCGGUACUUUAAGCUCAAAGUCUGCAAUCAGGUUCAGCUGUUUUGGCAGAUCUUCGACGGCUACACGAAGUGGGUCUUGCCCAGCGCGAAGGCAGAAGUGCAGCCUCUGCACCCCGCUCACAUCUGCAAGCAAGCCGGCCAGGUGUGUUCGGUGAGCUGGAGCGGACCACACCAAGGGCAGCAGGCACACAUCGAUCGUUACAGGCAAUCCGGGGCGUCAGAAAGAUCAAUCUUUUGA